CUUUUCUUGUCAGUAGCAGUUCACUCAUGAGCGCUGCACCUCAGCUGGACAUAAAUCCCAAAUCCAUAAAGCAGUUCCUGAGCGUGCAGGAAACACGGUCCUCCGUGAAUUCAUCUGGAGUUUGAUAUUGUCCACCUGGUUUUUUAGCGAACUUCAUAUAAUCGUGUCUAAAUAUCGCUGUAUUUGCACUAGCAAUGAGCCCCUGUCUGUCCGGGGACAAGUUAGUGGAAAGAGAAACAUACGUGAAGCGACAAUCAUCCCAUGAGUUACAUUAAAUUACGCUUUAACGAUAAGAAUUUUAAAGGUUAAAUGGUUUGGUAUGUUUGUGAACAUGCCAUCUUGUGGGACUGAGAGUCCAGCAGUGAGAAAACGGGACUUUUCUUCUCUACACGGUGCCAGUUAAAACAGCGAGGUCUCCGAAUAAUAACCCGUAUCUGCCCAAACACUGACAGAGAGAGACACGCUGCCUCAGAGUGACGCAGGAGGACGUGCAGGCACGCCGUUUUUUCACCACUCUUCCAUGGCUGGGUGAGUGUGAGCCGUGUACCAUGAAUGACACCGUGGGUGUUUUGGUUGGCAGCAGACACCAAACCUGUCAAAACCUCCAGGAAAGGGCCUCCUAAGUGGACAGGAAAAAGAAGGAAACACUGCAGCAUUUUCCUCAGAUUGUUGCCAGACGUACAGGGUUCCUCCUGCAAUUUAACUCGCAGAUAAAGUGGAGGGAAACUGAAACCAAGCACUUGACAGUUUUGGUCGCAGAAGAAGUGUUGCCAAUCCUUUGCAGAUGCCAGUGCUACAAUGAGUGCCAGGCUGACAACUUUGAGCUCUGCGCUUUACCUUAACAGCACGAAUAAAGACAGCGAGAGCAGAGAUGUCGUCUAUGAGUGUAAAGUGUUCAACAUCUCCAUGCUCGCUCUGUCUGUGUGCAUUCUCACCGUGACGGCCAUUGCCUGCUGCGUGUCCUACCUCAACCGCUGCAGGCACCGGAAGCGAGCGGGUGAGUAUGAAAGCGCUGUGGCCUGUGACCUAGAGGAGGAGCCAGUGAACCUAAAGGUCGUACAGAGGUCACAGAGUUUGCAUAACCCACUGCCCCUGAUUCGGCCACCAGAAUCAUUCAGGAAGGACGACUCCUCCAUUUACUACAUCUACGCCAAUCCACUUCCUGUCGGAUGCCAUGAUGAUGACGAUGAUGUCGUCCAUCCCAGACACACUACACUGCCACCAACUGACCCCAAAGAUGGUAUCAUCCUGGACCCACCCUCCUUUUAUAUGCAGCUGUAGAACGCAGAAUGUUCCAACUGAACAAGGGAGAGGGGAAAUCAUGAACUGGUAACAAAAAUACACGCAUUUGUAGAGCUUGUUGGAACGUUCCAACACACAGUGGGUUAAGAUUUAGAGUGAGUUGGAAUGUUCCAACUGAAAAGGGAACGAGAAUAACAGACUAUUAAACCUACAUGCACUUAUAGGGUGAAAUUGGAAUGUUCCAAGUCAACGAAAUUGAAGGGAAGGUGACAACUGCAAUUUACACACAACUGUGCAGUGGAUCAUUCUGACUACAAGCAACGGGAAUGGUUAAAUUUAUAAAAAAAAAAAAAUUCUUUUUAAAAAAAAAAAAAAAAUCACAAAAUGUAACCAGUGGAGUUCAGCACUCUUGGUUUUAUUGUUUUGUAAAAGAAGUGCUGAGUGUGUUUGUGUUCAUGUGCUUCACAAAGUCAGCUUGCAGAGAAUUCAAAGCAAAAAUUCAGAGAAAAGUCAUUUCUGAUUCGAUCAGUUAGGACUGGGUUAAAUAAAAAUUAGUCAAGUUUGACUUUAUGUGAUUGGCUGAGUCUCCCUGAUCAGCCAAUCCAGGCCCUCCUUCCUGCCCUGCCGCUCCAGCUCGGCGCCAACCGUCUCACGGCACUGCCGGUGGUAAUCGUUCAGCCAGUCACGCUGCGGAAGAAGAAAAAUAGCCAUCGUUUAUACAAUGUUAAAGAAUGUGGGCAAAUAGAAUUCAUUUAUUUUUUUAUGGAGGCAGUUAUCUGUCGAAAAUUGUAAUUUUAUGUUUUGCAAAGCAAUAGACAACUUCGUAAACAAGACGUGUAAAGUUUUUGCACUUCUUUAUCUGUUUAGAAGUAACACGCAGAGUCUUUAGACCUUAUAGCUACAAGUUGUAAAACUGUUUUUCAGCCCCGCCUCUUCAGCACUCUUAAACAAUCUACCUGCCCACCUAACCCUCCGCCCCAGCCCCUCUCCUCUCUCUGAAAGCGCCCACCUGGCCCCGCCCUUCAGUCUCUCAAAGUGCCCACCCGGCCCCGCCCUUCAGUCUCUCAAAGCGCCCACCCGGCCCCGCCCUUCAGUCUCUCAAAGCGCCCACCCGGCCCAGCCCUUCAGUCUCUCAAAGCGCCCACCCGGCCCCGCCCUUCAGUCUCUCAAAGCGUCCACCUGGCCCCGCCCUUCAGUCUCUGAAAUUAAUUAAUUAAUUUUGAAUUAAAAUGGUUUUCUACAUGUUUAGAGCAUUCACAUGGAGGUGUUUUUUUAAAAGCUCACCAUACACCAGUACAAAUCCCUGUAUGUCAUGUGUUAAUUAAAACUCUAUAAAUAAUUAAUGUCAGCGUGUGUUUUCACCUCUUUCUGUGUCAGCAGCUCAGUGUUAAUCAUCUUCAGCUGAAUGGGGACGAGCGUCAGGGGCUCGAACGUCAGACUGCCUCUAUUCCUGUAGUUAUACUGAUAGAGAGAGUGGUUAGUAUUGUUUUAAAUUACUAACCACUAAAAUGUUUUAAUUUGACAAAAAAAAAAAAAAAACAA